AUGACUUCAAAGUCUUCUUGCAAUAACAAGCAUCUAGCUUUUAAAAUUGAAGAAAUUGAUGUCAUGAUGUCUUCUUGCUGUGUUUAUUGUUCUCAUCAUGAUAAAGAGUGUGUCUGUUCUGAUAAAUCAAUAAAGUGCUUCAAAUGUUGUCAACUCAGUUAUCAUUGUGUUGUUGACUCCACACCUUCUGAUUGUGAUUGGCAAAAUCUCAAAGCUGCUUGCAAUAAGCUCAAACUUGAAGAGACAAAAGCUUUCAAGACUGUUCAAGCUGCCUCUGCCAAACUUCUUUAUCUUCAAAAACAAAAACAUCUUCUUUAUGAUUGUGCUGGCAAAUUUCUUGAGUCAGGUCUUCAGUUGUUGGAGGAAUUGGAGCAUCUCAAGAAGAAAGAACAGAAGAGAGUAGCUGAGCAAGCAGAAAUUCAAUAA